AUGUCGGUGAGGUGCUGUGUGGUCUUGGAUCAACUUGAGAUGUCGUAUAUCUCCAUUUACUGCCCACUACCUGUGGUGUCCCGGUUUUUAUUUGUUUCGAAGAAGUGCAAAUUAUCAGUCGAGUUGGCACCGAUGAACCCAGAAAGGACUUCACCACUAUGUAAAGGGGAAUUAAAAAUGUACACACAAACUGAAUUGUUACAAGGACGUAUGACUGAUAUAGUCCACACUCUCUCUGUCAAAAAGUGGGCAAAACGAACACUGAAAUACGCGAAGUUUGCAAUUACCUUUAACAAUUCACACGAUUACUCGAAAGUCAAAUUCUAUCACGACAUCGCUAAAGACGUCAAAUGCUUGACACUAUCAUUAACGAAAAUAGAUGACUUGUUGAUGAUACUUAAAGAAUCGCCAAGUCUUGAAACACUCCGUCUGCCAUAUUCUGUGCUGAUUAAAAUACACGAAACAUACCCAUUGGACCAUUUGUUGUCAGUGUUCCAUCUGAAAUAUUUGAUGCUUGAAAAGACCACAUACACAUCUUUUAUCCCACACGUCUUGAUGAAAGUACUUGAAAAUUACCCAACCCUCAACGUCUUCUUUUUCAUCCAAAAUUUGGAAAGUAAAGUGGCCGACUUGGUGAGUACACACAAUAAUGUGUUUGUUGUUUCAGAAGACCAGAAAAAUAUCAACUUCUUUGUUAAAUACCCAAAGAGGAUGUAUUUCACAGGAGAGUUUGUGCUCGACAACAAGAAAGUACCAAAUUAUGAGAAAUGGGCGGAGCUUUACCUGCCACGGUAUGUCGGGAGUGUUGCGAUGGAUAUCACUAGUUUCACGUUACGUGGGGAGUACCGCCCAGAAAUAGAGAAAAUGUAUUCUUUGAAGUAUCUAGUCAUCGACGAAAGAAAGAAAAAGACAAAAACAGUCAACUUCAAAAGUAUGAAUCUUGUCGGGUUAACGUUACUUGGAUCCCCAGUAAAACGAAGUGUUGAACUUCCAAGUUGUAUUAAAGAACUCAAAAUCGACUCAUUUUGUGAUGUCGACUCAUUCAUUACUCCACUUGGGACAAAUGGAAUCCGCAUGUACACUUCCCUCACCAAAUUGCAAAUCACUAAAAUGAAGGGAACAAUUAAUCCUCCCCACUCGUUGAGCGUUUUGGUAUGCGAGGAUUGCACUGUUGGCAAAAUUGACACCAAGGAUUUUAAAGGCCUUUACUCGUUAAAAUUUGUAAAUGUCAAAUGUGAAGGCCUUCAAAUAGCAGAAAAGAUUGAAGAAAUACACUUGGAAAAGUGUGAAGGGAUCAGGUCUGAUAUCUACAAAAACGACUGCUUCAUGUUUUAUGCGAAAGAAGAGUGA